GCCACAAUCUGUGAACGGUGCGGUGGAAGUGAAGUAGCGGGCGGGGUGGCAGUGGCACAGCAGUCGAGGGCAGGGCGGCACAGGGAAGGAGCGCUGCCUUUUAGCGCGGCGCGGGUACCAAAGGGACGCGUUGAUUGACAGUCGGAGACACGAAGCGCCCCGUGCAGCACAAAAGCGGAGCACGCUAAUCUCCCGUACCCGUCUUGUCAAAAGCAUCUCUGUGAAAUACCAGCCAGAUCAGCCUGGCGCAAAGAAAAGAGGCUCUAUCCAUCCCCUGGGCUCGGUAUCGGAGUCUUCUCGCCGAAUAAACGAGUUAAAGGAACGCGGCAGCUCUGCGACCCUAUCCCAUCCUGUCUUUACCUGUUCAGUCAUAACUGGACACAUUCUGGACUAUCCUGGCGUCUUAAAGUGUCCUGGAAACGGGAGUGGAUGGACAAAAAAAAGUCAGCUGCACUUUGCAAUCUGAGUCAAAGAAGAUUUUGUCGAUUCUUUUUCAUGGAGUAAAGGGACUACGACCGGUGCUUUCAGGAUCAUUUUGUGGGUUAAUUUUUGUUUUCGUUAAAGCCAUUACAGUUGUGAUGCGAUUGUGAGUCAAGUUCCAAACCCUGGAGCCUUUAAAAACUCCGUCCUAUUCUUUUAAAUUGGAAUAACGGCCAGAUAAUCAGGAGACUCUCGGGAGGAAUUUUGGUGCGUAAUUUGUGCAGUGUGUGCGGUUGCUGAGCCGCAGAAGUAGUUGCGCCUCCCUUCAUUUUUUAAAUUCCCAAUUUCUCCAUGGAGUAGGCUAAAUCACAGGUAAAGACUUAAAAAGAGCGGGUUUAUUCUCUGUCGCCUGGAACAAACAGGCGGGUGUGAUGCGCAGAUUCUCCGUGGGAUGGUAAAUGACCGAUGGGGAAUCAUGAACAGCUCUUCUGAACUCGAAGAUGGGACUCGGCAUAAAAACCAGACAUUCUGUGAGUGUGUGCCCAGCUCCUCCCAGCUCAAACAUCGCUGGUCAGACUCAGAAACUGCCACGCCGACCCCGGCCAAGAGGAUGAGCUGCAGCUACCUGCUUUGCACUAUCUUGCUCUUCGUGGCUGUAUUGCUGGCUGUUACUGUAACUGGCACCAUCCUUUUUAUGAAUCACUACCAGGCCCCACCCAUGUCCGAUGGCCUACCCCACAUCUCCACCAAUCAGGAUGAAGCUAAUGCCCUGGUCACUGUUGAGAGAGGCGAUGGAUCUCGCAUUAAUAUCUUCAUCGACCCCAACUGUCCUGACUACAACAGUAACUUUUUGCGCCUGGAGGGUGUGCAGACAUCACUGCUCCACUCACUAACCGACCACGACUCUGACCUAAAGUCAGUGAAAGGCCAGGAUCGGGCUCUUCUAGUCAGUCUGGCUGAGGAGGUGGCCAAGCUGUCAGCCCACGCAGGGCAACUGAAAAUGGACUAUGAAUCCUUACGCAGGGGGCAGGGCAGCCUGGGGCAAGACCUUAACACACUGCAGACGGAGCAGGGACGCCUCAUACAGCUACUGUCAGACAGCCAGAUCAACAUGGUGAAGGUAGUGAACUCAGUGAGUGAUGCUCUUAAUGCCAUGCAGAAGGAGAAUGUGGGUCUGAAGGCGCGUGUCAAGGCCGACUUGCAGAGGGCACCAGUCAGAGGGGCCCGUUUCAAGGGCUGCUCCAAUGGCUCGCGCCCCCGUGACUGCGGUGAUCUGUACGCCAGUGGUCAGAGAGAGGAUGGCAUCUACUCCGUGUUUCCUGUUCACCACCCCGCAGGCUUCCAGGUCUACUGUGACAUGACCACAGAUGGAGGAGGCUGGACGGUGAUCCAGCGCAGGGAGGAUGGCUCGGUCAACUUCUUCAGAGGAUGGGAGUCCUAUCGUGAGGGAUUUGGCAAGAUUACUGGUGAACACUGGCUCGGACUGAAGCAGAUCCAUGCCCUGUCCAUUCAGGGGAACUAUGAGCUACGCAUAGACUUGGAGGACUUUGAAAAUAGCACUGCAUAUGCCCAGUAUGGUACCUUUGGAGUAGGCCUCUUCUCAGUGGACCCUGAUGAUGAUGGAUACCCUUUGACUGUGGGAGACUAUUCUGGCAAUGCAGGUGACUCUCUGCUGAAGCACAAUGGAAUGAAGUUCACCACCAAAGACAGGGAUAACGACCACUCGGAGAACAACUGCGCCUCCUUCUACCAUGGUGCCUGGUGGUACCGCAACUGCCACACCUCCAACCUUAACGGCCAGUACCUGCGCGGUCAGCACACCUCCUAUGCCGAUGGCAUCGAGUGGUCCUCCUGGACUGGCUGGCAGUACUCCCUCAAGUUCUCCGAGAUGAAGAUACGACCUACCCGUGACCCAGAGAAUAAAUGAGAAAGACAAAAGAGAAAGAAGAAAAAAUAAGAAAUUUUUUGAAACAUUACAAACCACAAUUUCUGACAGCUAGGCAGAGUUACUUGUCUUGAUAUUGUUUAUUCGCUAAAACAUACCUCUUUGAGUUUAGUUGACUCUGCUGUUUGCCUCCUGAUGUCUCUCUCCCUUUUUGCUCCUCUUCCUCCAUCACUCAGCUACUAGUGUCAUGCUGGCUACCAUUAUCCUUCCUCCUGGUCCCUUUCUUGAAAAAAUAAUGCAACCAUCAUCCCUUUAUUUUUGAUCAUUCAGUUCACAAAAACAGCAUACCAGAUCUCCGAACCCACAGCCCACUGCGCUAGUCUGACAUGGUGGUCCAACCAUCCCCUGCAGAAUCACGCACCAGUGAUUUCCUCCUGACAUGUAACCCUGACCUCAUCUGUGCUGACAUGGCACUUAGAUUGUGGUUCAGUCUCACUAACCAUUGCUGUAUAAUAGAAAGAGAAAAGCCCUCCAUAAAAUAUGAAAAGGAGAUACAAUCCUCCUUUUUCCCCAUCUGCAAAGGAAGUCCAGAGUUUCACCGGUGAGAAGGGACAGCACAGUGGUACACUAUGUUGCAUUUACAUCCUUGAUCUGUGUGAAUGAGACCCAGCAGGGUAGUGGCAAGAAGUGCGGGGCCUCAGAUAAUGAGAGGGAGACAGAGAGAACAAGGAAACAAUUUGACAAGAGGUAAAUUAGUUGAAGGAAAGGGGGCAGAGUGAAUCAAAGGGGAGAGAGGAAGUGGAAGAAGAGGAGGUGCGAAAAGAAUGAAAAAGAGAAAUGAGAAAAAGAAAGAGACGGAGGAUCUCAUUCAUCUGACUUGGGCCAUUAGGGAGCAUAUUGGGCACUUUGUCUGAUCUGCCUGCCAGCUGAGUACUGGCCAACUGAUGCAGAACUCACAGAUGGUAACCCAGCACUUUGUGUGUGUGUGUGUGUGUGUGUGUGUGUCUGUGUGUGUGUGUACGACAGAGAGAGACAGACAGAGUUCUCUAACACUAUCAAUUUCCUGUCAUGAGUUCAGUAGAGCGUUUCAACUGACUACAAUGUUUAGCACAGACUAAACAUGAUGCAUGGCUGGCAUACCUUCACUCUCUCCAUCUAAGUAGUUAACAUAAAAUAACAAAGCCUGCAAUGUAUGCACAUGUAAUAGGAAGACCAAUGGAUCACAGAAUGAAAGAGGAAUGUCAUACCUGCCCCGUUGAUCUUAUUUUCUUGGACCUGCUAAGCAAAUGUUACAUUUUUGCCAACAAACCCCAUUCCCAUUUCUCUGGUUUGUCCUCUGUUUUGAAUUUUUUUUCUCCUUUCCAGGUGAUUAUUAUGGGAUUUGUUUGUGUGACACAGUUUCUCUUUUCAUGAAAACGGAGAUAAAGUUGCUGUAAAAUAAGAUUUGACGCUCUCAACCACUGUCUUUUUCUUCUGAGUAGGAAUUCUAUAAUGUGUUAUGGCAAAAACAAAAUUGCCUAAAGCAAACAAAAAAAAAACAAUGACAGAAAAAGAAAAAAAAAUGUCAUGAAGAAAAAACACAAAGGCAACCUGUGGGCAGAAAAUACUGCAAUUCUGAUUUUUCUGUCUCUUUUUUUUUUGUCGGUGAAUCAACUUUUUUCAGUUUCAUCGAGUUUCUUUGGAUGUACUUAAAGCUUUAAAAAAUAUCUCUAGAUUUUAUUGUACAGUGUGUAUGACUUUUAGAGCAUGUGAAGCUGUUUUCUUACUAUGCUAAAACACAAAGAGUACUCAAGCACAUGGACUUAACAAAAUCCACCAUUUUAAAAAAUAUAAAGAAGAUGUAUUUACAGAACUAUACCCCUUCCUCUACCUGAACGACAGGUGGGAGUGGCCCGUGCCGUGCCGCUCUUAAGGUCGAAAAUAAGUGAAGAGGAGGAAUGUGAUUAUCCCUCAAGCACAUGCCCAUUCAAAUCUGCAGCACAAAUGUAAAUCUUUUAUGGAGGCAAUAUAUGAGAGAGAUUUCAAACCACUUGGCACAUUAGCUGCCUUGCUGGACAUAUGCAAUCUUUCUGACAUCUUGGCUUUGGAAAGUCCUGUGGCACUGGGAGACAGUUCUGAAUGUGUGCUGAAAGGUGUCACCCCAGCUGACAGUGAGUUGAAGUGUAGCACCGAGCAAUGUUGCACUGAAUACCUCUGACACUGGAAUAGCUGUGAUUUUUUUCUAUCAUCACCGGUGCUUGGAAGGAGCUCUCAUUGCUGUGUGUGUUUCUGCAGCACCUCGGCUGUGUACAUACAGCUGUACUUCAUGUCUCGGUGACCUCUCUUCAACAUCAAAGCACAGACACAUGUUACAAAUACUUGCUGAUGUUAUUAUGGCACAGUAUGAGGUAUGAUAACGUCAGAGCAUAUAGCAAAUUUAAAAUAAGUUGGAAAUGUAUGAAGUCACUUAAGGAGAAGGAACUGGACUGUGUGUGAGAACGUAUGCAAAUGUAUGUGUGUGUCUCUGUGCUAGACAGAGGGUGUGUGUGUGCACAUGUGUGCGUCUACAGUGUCUCUGUGUGUACACAUAUAUGCACAUGCUUUGGUUUGUACAUGCCCAUGUGCAUGAGCCAGACGACAGAGCGGGAGGCUGAUCGCGUCUCUCUGUGGAAUUUUGAAGUAAUGUGAUGCUUAUGUACAACUUGCCUCCCCUGCUGUUUGUGUUGAUAACAGAGAGAUUUACAUAAUUAUGAUGAACUAUUACUUAUUGUGAUUGUGAACCCAUAAGAGUGGACACCACCUUUUGGUACUGUGUUGAUCUGCGCUCGUACCCUAAAACCCUGAGAACCCACUCCCAAAUCUUUAUUCACUUCAACACAACGUUGUGCUCACUGUAUAUGUUAAUGCUAUGUUGCCCCUUGUUAUUUAAAUGUAAAGACAAGUAUUAUUUGCCAUGCCCCUUUCUGUGUUUUGUUGAGUGAAUGUCUUUAUGUCACUCUCUCUGCUGCAGCUUGCUAAGUCUCCAAUGGAUAGAGAUGAUAAAAAAGUGAAAUCAGAGGCUCUAAUCAUUCCCAGUUAUCCCGCUCAUUACAGUGCAUCAGCACGCUCCUGAUCGAUCCCGCAGGUCCUCAAACCUAUCUUUCUUGCUGUGUACCUCCUUAAUUGCCUUAGCCUCUGCUGUCAAUUCCCCCUCACUCCAUACUGUAACUCUUAAAUUCUCCUCUCUUCUCUUUCCAGCUCCAGACUCCCUGCCUCUUUAUUGCUCUGCUUUUUGCCCCAGUCCCAUUCCUUCAGUCCUAGCGCAGAACUAACUCUCUUUUCUGUUUCUUUUCUUUUUGGUGAAGUACUAUAGAUUGUUUUGCUGAAUCUUGAUACUGUGUUUUAAUGUUCUUGUAAACAUUUAAUAAACAUUCACAUUUUAUAAAUGGGGAACACCCUGAA